AUGGAUGAUGACAAUUCGACUAUCAGCACUGGGAGCCUUCGAGGUUCGACAGCGUCCCUCACAUCGAGCAUCCUCGAAUACAGACACAUUAACGGCCGGCCCUUCCAACAGUGGAAAACAACAGAAUCCUGGGCACCUACUGAUGAUGAUUAUCAAGAGGGCCAGGAUAUACUUGACAUGGCCGAUGAGUACCCGUCUGCUGAAGUACUUGGAACAGACAUUUCAGCCGUCCAGCCUGCAUUCGUGCCUCUAAACUGCAGCUUUCAAAUCGAGGAUGCCCAACUCGACUGGACAUUCAAGCCCGAUGAGUUUGACUUCAUCCAUAUCCGGUAUCUUUACGGUGCGAUUGACGACUGGAAGAAACUAUACCGUCAAGCGUUUGCCCACGUACGACCAGGGGGUUGGGUCGAGAGUCUUGAGAUCGACAUUGAAACACACAGCGAGAACCCCAGGAUCGAGAAGGGACGAAGGACACAUUUUCAAGAAAUGGAGGAGUAUAUGCGAGAAGCAGGAUUUACAGAUCUAUUUUCUAAAUCGUGGAAGCUCCCAGUUGGAGGUUGGCCUCAAGACAAGAAGCUGAAGCAGAUUGGUCUCUACAAUGGGGCUUUUAUUGACCACUCCAUCGAUGCUUUUGCCAUCUUCCCAAUCGGAGAGAUCCUAGGUUGGUCGGAAGAGGAGGUUACGAUUUUGGUCAGCCAGAUGCGAAAGGCACUCAAGGAGCCAAGAGCACUGCCCUGUUUCAAUGUGUGA